AUGACUCCGCCAGCCCCGUCGCCUCAAGAAACUGUGGCUCUCCGCUGGCACCCCUCCUCUGGCACCCCUCCGCUGGCACCCCUCCUCUGGCACCCCUCCUCUGUCAUCCCUCCGCUGGCUCCUCUCCGCUGGCACCCCUCCUCUGGCACCCCUCCACUGUCAUCCCUCCGCUGGCUCCUCUCCGCUGGCACCCCACCUCUGGCAUCCCUCCUCUGGCACCCCUCCACUGUCAUCCCUCCGCUGGCACCCCACCUCUGGCACCCCUCCGCUGGCACCCCUCCUCUGGCACCCCUCCGCUGGCUCCUCUCCGCUGGCACCCCUCUUCUGGCACCCCUCCGCUGUCAUCCCUCCGCUGGCUCCUCUCCGCUGGCACCCUUCCUCUGGCACCCCUCCGCUGUCAUCCCUCCGCUGGCACCCCUGCGCCCCUUCGCCUCCUGUCGGUGGGCUACUGCAAGAGGGACUUCCAUCGUCAGCGUAAGUUCCUGGGUCCCCUGGAGUCCAGAAGGUGCCAGUGCCUCGCCGCGACGCCUGCCACUCCCGCCGUGUACCCGCAGCCUAAGCAAAUGCAGGAAACAUGUGCAUCAGGCAGUGCGUUGUCAUGGCUACCUAGACGCUGCACAGCAGGCGGAUGUCGGGCGCGCCCAAAGUCCUCCUGGGGCCGAGGGAGCCUGCGUCAAGGGCGUGGGAAUUGCCUGCUCGCGUAUUACCCUAGAUGUAUUUGAGAAACUUCUCCGUAAUCCUCUCGCGCCGAAGGCCGAGGGAGCCGUCAGCGAGCGUCCUUCCCGGAGCCGCAGGAGGAGCCCGCCCCCCGCUCACCAGCGCUCGCCUGACGCAGCACAGACGCCGCGAACGCCGCCCCCCGCGACGCGCCGCCGUCAUUAG